AUGGCGGCUACCAAACUAGUUUUCAAGGAGAGGCCCAGAAGGAAGUGCUUUGGAACGUCAAUCGAAGCAACUAUUGUUCUUAAUGGGAAGAAUCUGGAAGCAUCAUUACUGAUCAUAAAUUAUAGGACUUGUGGAUCAGGGCUAGAGUUAAACAGCAGCGGAAGAGUCUCUCCAUAUCUAUUGGAUUGGUUCGGAGUAGCUGGUAACUGGAAUAGUAAAGUGUGA